GAUCUAAAAAUUAAAAAAGAGGCCAAAAUAAAGUAAAAUAUCUAUGGACAACCCUUGUGUUUUCUGUCAUUUUUGCUGAGUGCAACAUUGGUGUUAUUCUGUCAAGUGUCAAUUGAGUGUCCUACUGCAGCAGACGGUUUUGCAAAUUACUAUUAUCGGCAAUAUCCAUUCCAUAUAUCCUUCCAAUCCACGUGUAAUCGGGAUAACAAAAUAAGUGAAACGUUAACAUACAGUUACAGAAAUUUGCUACAUAAAUUACAAUGAAUUCGUGGGGAAACGAGCAAUACAACAUGCAGGGUAUGAUGACAAACAUUGCGAUGCCCGGAAUCAUGCCUGGCAUGAUUCCACCCGCGAUUAUCCCGCCUUUUAACAUGGUUGGAGACAUGAAUCAAAUACAAAUGCAGCAAAUGGGUGCUUUAGGUACAGCACCGCAAGCUAAUGGUCAGUUUAUAGGGCCAGUUGUCCCUGAAACUCAAAGUAACGAGACGGCGAUGGCGCCUGUUGAUGAAGCUGCAAAUCAAACUCAAGUCCAAGAGAAAAGGCAGAGCAGGGACAAGGCCGACAGGGGUGACCGCCGUGAAACGCGUGACAGGGACCGUGAACGAGAGAGUAGACGUCGCCGCUCUAGAUCUCGCAACCGUGACUCCAAAGAUAGGCAAAGUAACAGAGAGAGACACCGCAGUGACAGAGAAAGGACCACUAAGUGGGACAAUAAUGACAAAGUCAGUCAACAGCCAAUGAUGGCACCCAAUAAUAUGAUGAUGACCGGAGGACCAAUGAUGCCAUAUGGUAACAUGGUCCAAAACAUGCAGACCCCUAUGAUGGGCCAGCAUAUGGACAUGAAUAGCAUGCAGCAUAUGAUGCCUGGUAUGAACAUGAUGCCAAACCUCAUGAUGAUGAAUCAACAAAUGCAGUUGGCUAACCAGCACAUCUACAUUACCAACGGGAUGCUGCUCCCUGCUAUACCUGGUACUUCGACUCCGCCGAGGAGAGAACGACCACUCGGUUGCCGUACGAUCUUUGUGGGAGGUCUUCCUAUGGGUAUUACUGAAGAUGUUGUAAUGGAAAUAUUCCAAAGGUUUGGAGAUGUAGAGGAAGUGAAGCUACAUAGGCAAGGAGUCUGCCAUGUCAGGUUUGCGAAGGUUGAGAGUGUGGAGCAAUCGUUCUUCGUAUCAGGAUGGCGGUUAAAGUUUCACGAUCAGAUGGAGAGUGAGGCUACUACAUUGUUCAUUGAUUAUGCUUUGAAUCGUGAAGAUCAGAACGAGUAUGAAAGGAACAAGCGCAGACGCUCGCCGACCCCGCCUCGCAUCGAGAUGUAUAAUCCAAAUAACCUUGUGGCCAUCGGAGAGAAAAUUAAAAGCGACACUGAAUUUGCUGAAGCUGCACCCACACUGGCAGCUUGGCUGGAGCGUGGAGAAUGCAACAAGAAGAACUCCAACACUUUCUACUCUCUAAUCCAAGCCAGCAACAACCAGCUCCGCAGACUCUUCAACGAGAAGAUGCAGAUUGAUGACGAAUACCAGACCCUGAGGAACAGCAUCCGUGACAAGUUUGGACACAUAAUCGCGCAAUUCGAACAGGUAGCGAAAAUUCUGACGGCGGCCAAGCACCAGCGGGUCUCUGAUCAUUUCUCGAAGCAACAACGCCGGAACAUCGAGAUGUGGCUCAAAAUGACAGAGGAAUUAGAAAACAUGAGAGAUGAAUUCAAUGCAAUUUUUGAUGAAGAAGAAAUGGAAAAAUCUGGCAAGAAUAUGGUGCCUAUGGAGAAGUAUGAGAAACUGAGGGCUGAAAAUGAAAACCUGACCUAUGAAUUGGAGGGUUAUAAGAAUGAAGCUCAUUUAGCCAAAGAUGAUGCCGAGAGGAAAUUCGAGAAGUUUAAGGCGCAUUUUAUCGCUCAACAAGCGCUUCAAAACAAACAACAGGUCUACCCACCUCUACCGCCGCCGCCAAUGCCGAACUUAUCUUUAGACUCAAUAAACGCGAAAACCACCCAGCCAUCAGCUGACGUCACAACCACAGAAGUGAACGCGUCCGAAGCUAAGCUAAUCAGUCUUCUGUCCGCAUUCCUCAUGGUACACCCACUAGGCGCCACUCUAGACUACCUAGUGUCAUAUGUAAAGUCUUUAGCUCCUAGUGUUACCCAAUCAGCUGUUCACGACGUCCUAAAGAAGUAUUCAGAUGUGUUCCGACGCAAGACGACUGGUGUUGGCGCGUGCAUAGAGCAUAAAUGGGAAUUUGUUAUCUUUGAUAGUAUAAAAACCGAGUAAUUUUAUGUUCUAUUUUGUAUUUUUAAGAAUUAUUAAUGGAAUAAAUUGUUUUAGAGGA